UCUACGCUCCCCGCCAGCAACGCGGUCGCCCCGCUCACCUUCCAUCGACGAGGCCGCCCCGCUCACCUUCCAUCGACAUGGCCGCCCCACCCACCGCCAUCCCUGCUCCCCGCCAUCAACGCCCCGCUCUAUCGAUGGAAGUGCUGAUGGUCCGCGGCCGCCCACGCAAUCAACGCCAUGGUGGAUGGCAGGAUCGGCUUGAGGUCGACGCGGGAUUUGGACGAGGCGCUGCUGUGUUGGGAGCACAAACUCCCCAUCUCCGCCACUACUGAAGCCCUUGUACCCCUAACCGACGCCGCUGCUGCUAGGGAGCUUCCACCCGCGCGCCUACAACGAGAGCUAGCAGCAGUAGCGGUCGUUAUCUUGUCGCUCCUGCUCCGUUUGUUUACCCAAGUCCCAGCCUAGAUGCCGCAGAUGGAGGUGCCCACUAAUCAGAUCCCCGCAGGCUGGUUCACUGAGCCGGCUUCCGAGCAGCCCAUGGGCUUGCCCAGGACCGGCUCUUCCAGUCGCCUCAACGCGCAGGCGCCGGAGUUCGUGCCGCGGGGCCCGCCACCACCGACGCCGGCGGUUGUGCUGCCGCCUCCGCCGCAGCGGAUUUGCUGCCAAGGAGCAACAGGCGCGGGAGCCGGAAGCGGAGAUGCUCCCGCCCGCCGCGGUGAAGACGGAGCCGGUGUAUGUGGGCAAUUUGGUCGGUUGGCACGGGCUAUGCAUCAAUAGGCACCGUCAUCGCAGUAGGACGCGUGCGUGAUCAAGCCUGGAUGGGACGGUUUUGACACAGCACGUCCUGUGUGCGAGGAUCUCGAACUGGGUCAGUUCGUGGUGAUGUUCUUCUAGGAUUCUUUCGUCAUUUCUUUUACUGCAUUGU